AUGUUAGAAGGAGAGUAUAAAGUAACAAUUUCAGAUGGAAAUAAAAAUAAAUUAUAUGAGACAAUUUUACCAAAUGAAGAAGCUGAAGAUUCUUAUAGUGAGAAUGAUAGUGAUAUCGAUUAUGAUGAAGAAAGUAAACAAAAGGAUAAAAAUGAUUUUUCUAUAGAAACUCAUGAUAAAGAUAACAAUAUAAGAAAGAAUUGGCCAUUUCAAGAUGAAGACAACAAAAACUCGGAUUCUCUAUUAAACAGAUAUUUAAGUUCCGAAGAAUUCAAUGAAUUCAAAAAGGAGGAGAAUGAACAAAUUUUAUUAGAUGAACAAACUGCAACAAUAAAUGCAGUUUCAUUUCCAAACACAAAUCAAAGACAAACUGCAACAAUAAGUGGAGUUACUCCUCCAAACACAAAUCAAAGACAAAAUGAAACAAUAAGUGGAGUUACUCCUCCAAACACAAAUCAAAGACAAAAUGAAACAAUAAGUGGAGUUACUCCUCCAAACACAAAUCAAAGACAAAAUGCAACAAUAAAUUCGGAUAUUCAGCGUCAAAUCCCUCAGCAUCAAUCCUCACUACCUAAUGAAACUGCUUCUUAUUCUUCCCAAAUUUCUAAUCAUUUAACCGAUAAUCCUCCAUUAACAGAUUUACAAAAUACACAUCUAGUGCCAAAUUUUGCUUAUGAUUACCAAAAUAAUUUUUCAACGCAUAAACAAUCUAUUAUCGUUAAUAAAGCUUGCAUUGAACUUAUUCCUAAUUAUCAAUCUUUUGAUGAUAAAAAUAAAGAGAUUCACCGAAAAAGAAUCAAAAAUAUUCUGAGGACUUAUCAUACAUUUUCAAUUUCCCAAUCCGCACGUAUUAAAUAUUCAUUAACCAUAUAUACAAAUG